CAUCCCAUCUCAUCGCAAACACUGCGAUAUGCUAACAUUUCCUUUAGAUGCCAUACUUGCACUGGGAAAGGAAAGAUGAGUUCCAGAAGCUAAAGAGGAUAACGGACAAAAAGGAGGUAAAGGUGAAAGUGAACGAAGGUAAAAAAGAAGGAAAAAUGAAUCCGCUUGAAUAUGAGGAGAUCAGUAGAAAAGAAGCGAUCGCCGAAAUUGAAAAGCUCGAGAAAAAUCCUCAGACGAGGCUAAACGGCACUGAGAAGAUGUAUUGGAUGUACCUAGACCAGCAACACCCCUUACACCCUAGGCGAACGCUUGAUCAGUAUUACUACCACACACUAGAUGAUACCUCCGAUCGAGACGGGGACCAGACUGCCUCGAGAUAUUACAACAGAAAACAACAAGGCGUGGAUAAUAAAAUCAAGGAAGUCUUAACAAUGGUGGAUCAGCUCUGGAUGUGGGUGCUUCCUCCAUGCGGACAAUUACCCGGCACGGUCAUCACGGCAUUCCCCCAAAGGAGCAACAGAAUUGUUACGGAUAGGCCAAAGCGGACCACUGCUCUGAUCGACAAUAUUAUGUCGACAUGUUCCAAUAUGCCCCCGAGGCACGGCUAUGACUUAGCACGUAUUAUCGCUGCGGAAUGUGGAAGAAUUUAUCUCGAUAGGACAAGCCGCCGAGACGACUCGAUCCAAUUUUACGAUAUCUACUCAUCGUCAAUUGCUGACCUCACCCACAAGGAAACAAAACAGUUUCAAGGCUUCCAACAGGCAAUCGAUGAUUUGAAGAAACCGAACAAGAAAUCCAGGGCAAACCUAAGCGAUGAACAAGUAGAGCGCAAAAAUAUCUUGAAACAAUUGGUCAACAUCGAACAAGACAUAAAGAACCUAAAAGAAAUCAAGGAUAUCCAGGAUGAGCUGAAUAUCAUGUUAACCGUCUUCACGACGCAACAGAAUGUCAUCAAAACAAUGCAUCGUAUGGUGGAGAGCCAAGGCAAGCUCACUAAAAAGGGCGUGAACCACAAGAGCAUGGUGGACGACAGACUCGGCCACUCAUCACCCCUCGCAGUUGUUCAGAACAACCUUGGCGAAGUAAAAAACCUGAUGAACUUCGCCCAGAAGACGUCUGAAGCUAUAAAGCAGUUACUGGACCUCAAAAACAAGCAAGCAAAUGUGCUCGAGGAAGAAACAACAAACCAUCUCAACGAGCAGAUUUUGAAGCUGAACAAGAAGACCGAUAGACAAGGGGCGACAUUGAUGGCAUUCACUGUCAUCACGAUUGUGUUUCUUCCACUUUCGUUCAUGACUAGCUUCUUCGCCCUCAACAUCGCCGAGUUCCCUCGUUCCGGUCCGAGUCAAAUGCUCUCAAUCUCCUUUGUAUCAAAGUAUACUUGUAAGCAAAUGCACUGCCAAUUCAAAUUGCUUCUUCACUAAUAAGCUCUUUGCCAGUCACAAUUUCGCUGGCAUUCGCUAUAGGAUUUACAAUAUUGGCCUUGAACAUGAGGCGAAUAGGAAGUGCUUUAGGAAAGGCUUUGAAAGGGCCAAUGCAAAGUAUCACGGAUUUCUUGAAGAAAGCAAGAGGACGUAGAUCAAAGACCGGAGACGUCGAAAACCCAGCAAGUGCUAAGGUCAACCCUCCCACAGACAAGGAAGGCAGCGAGAAAAGCUAAUUGCUCUCGACCAUUCCCAUCUUACAUGUUUCUCAUACUCCCCAUACUUGUUGGCUUUUCACCUAAUAAAUAUGUUAAAACAUUCUUAACUC